UCGCACUGCUGCGGCGGCACCGCCCACCCGGAAACUUGGCCACGCCUUUCUUGGGCCCCGCCUUGAGGCGGCAGGACCCUAGGGCACCUCUCUCGCGCUCCUCUUCGCGCUGUUGUACUCAUGGCCACCUUCGAAGAGGUGAGCGUGUUGGGCUUCGAGGAGUUCGACAAGGCAGUGAAGGAGCAUGAAGGCAAGACCAUUUUCGCCUAUUUCAGCGGUUCUAAGGAUACGGAAGGGAAGAGCUGGUGUCCGGACUGUGUGGAAGCUGAGCCAGUCAUUCGAGAGGGGCUGAAGCAUGUUACUGAAGACUGUGUGUUCAUCUACUGCCAAGUAGGAGAUAAACCUUACUGGAAAGACCCAAAUAAUGACUUCAGACAAAAACUGAAAAUAACCGCAGUGCCUACACUACUUAAAUAUGGAACACCUCAAAAACUUGUGGAAUCUGAGUGCCGUCAAGCCAACCUUGUAGAGAUGAUCUUCUCUGAAGAUUAAGAUUUGAUGACCUUGCUGGACUCUGGUGACACAUGCCUUUAGUCCCAGUACUCGGGAGGCAGAGGCUGAGGCCAAGGCAAAGGCAGAGGCCGCUGGAUCUCUUUGAGUUCAAGGCCAGCCUGGUCUACAAAUUGAGUUCCAGGACAGCCAGGGCUACACAGCAAAACCCUGUCUAGAAAAAACAAACCAAAACAAAGAAAGCCUAUGAUUGCAUUUUUGUAUUGAUUGCCUGUUUCAUUUAAAAGAAGCCACAUAAUUGCUUUGAAUUGAUUAGUAAAUGAUGUUGUUAAAAAUCAGUGUAUGUCUAAACAAUAAAGAAUUAAAAUACAAA